GCCGAACAAUAUGAAUAAAUAUACUGUAAGUACACGAAACAAACAAUCAAAACAAUAUCAAUAAGUGGACUUUGUUUAUUUACUCUUUUGUUUCGUUUUUAGGGUGCAAACAUGUCUCAGGAAGACUCUUUGUUCUUCAUUCAGCAAGUACAAAUGCGUGAAUGCUUAUGGAACCGACGUGAUAUACACUAUAAAAAUAAAAUAAAACAGGCCGACGCAUGGGCUUCAAUUGGAGAAUUAAUGGGAAAGGAUCCAUUUGAGCUGCGGCAGAAGUGGCAAUCUCUGCAAAGCUCGUUCCGACACUUCAAGGGUGUUUACAAAAGCAGCGAACAAACGGGAUCUGCUGCGCAACCCAAUAGAAAAAAAUGGUUUGCAUAUGAUGCAAUGAGUUUCAUGUCGGUGACCAACGAAUGUGGAACUACAGUAGAUACGUUGGGAUCUCUACGUGUAAUGCCAACCCCACAAGAAAUGCCAUCUCCGGAGGAAUCGCUGGAAAUUGAAUGGCUUUAUCCUGAGAACAACUUUAAAGAAGGAAUAUAUACAGAGGAGCAAACGAACCCACAAACGGCCAACGAGACGUCGCCCUCGUCACCAGCCAACAAUGAGCAAACCGCUGCCCCUGAGCCACCUUUGCCCACAAUUACGCCUCACCAACAGGCUGGAAAAACGAGGAAGCGUCGGGUAGAGGCCAAUUUGGCGUAUAAUGAAGAAGUCCUUCAGACUCCAAAAACAGUUUCAACAGUUUCACAAACUCUGUUGAAUUCGAUUAAUGAUGAGGGCAGUGAGGAAAUGCGUUUCUUUGUCAGUGCUGCCAAAGAAAUUGAAUCAUGGUCUCCAAAGAGGCGUAAGGGAAUAGUAGCCCGUGUUGGUACUAUGAUAUCUAUUGAACGCACGGCACGUUAUGAAAAAUAUUACAACUCAGAAUAA